GGUUGCUGCGCCGGUGGCCCGAGGCCCCGGGCGCGCCUUAGGGAAGGGGCCAGGCCGGGCCUCCGUGCACCGCCGCUUUCCCAGCGAGCCGGCCGGCCGGCCACAUCAGCCGCGCGUACCACCCCACCGUCCGGCGUCCGCUACUCUUCCGGGCAAGAAGGUCUUCUUCCCUUUCCAGGCCACCGACAUGUCGCGCCCGUGCGCAUCUCUGCCGAGCCCGAGCACCGCAUGGGACGCCACCUCCCUCGCCGGUGCGCUCAAGGCCGCCGCGGUCCGACGCUCCGCGCCCCACGUCGGGCCCCUCCACGCGGUGCUCUUCAAGCUCGGCCUCUCGGCUUCCGCCAUCCUCGCCACCUCCCUGGCGCACCUCGCGCUGCGGUGCGGGCUUCCGCGGUAUGCGCGGGACCUGUUCGACGAAAUGCCCCAUCCAGAUGUGGUCUCCUGGACGUCCCUGCUCACGGGCCACGCGCACCAGGGACUGCACCGCGAGUCGCUCACGCUGCUCCGGCGCAUGGUGGGCUUUGGUGUCGAGCCCAACGGGUACACCCUGUCUGGUGGAUUGCUUGCUUGCGCUGGGGUCGGCCAGGAUGCACUUGCUCUCGGGAAAGAAAUCCAUGCCCGGGUUCUCAAGAUGAGCCUUCACGGUCCAGUUGACCCGGUCGUGGAUAAUGGGGUUCUUGAUAUGUACUCGAGGUGUGGGAGCAUCAAGUAUGCUAGUGGAGUGUUUAGUGUGAUGCAGGUGAGGAACAUAGUUGCCUGGAACUCGAUGAUGGCAGCUCUUCUUUGGAGCGGGCAGGCAGAGGAGGCGCUGAGAUUAUUCGUUUCCAUGGUUUUUUGUGGUGUUGGCGUGGAUGGCUUCUCAUUUUCCAUAGUUGUGGAUGCUUGUGGGGAGCUGGCGUUGUUGAAGCAGGGGAUGCAAGUGCACGCACGGAUUAUUGGUGGAGGAUUUGAGGCAGAUGCUGUUGUGAGGAACUCUUUACUGGAUAUGUAUGCGAAGAGUGGGUGUGUCGAUUCAGCAGAGCUUGUCUUCAAGGUGGCAUACUCACAGGAUGCUGUUCUUUGGACUACAAUGAUCUCAGCUUAUGGCAAAUUUGGCCGGGUACAGGAUGCAGUCGACAUGUUUGAUAGGAUGGCACAAUUGGGCAUAACACAAGAUGGCAUAGCAUAUCUUGCAGUUUUGUCAGCAUGUAGUCAUGGUGGACUUGUCAAAGAGGGUUGGCACUACUUCAAUUUGAUGUCUGACAGUCGAAGCUCAGUUAGGAUGCAUCCUGAGCACUACGGAUGCAUGGCAGAUCUCCUAUGCAGGAGAGGUUACCUAGAAGAAGCUCUUGAAUUCAUUGAGAAUAUGCCAUUUGACACUAGCAUUGCUGCUUGGAGUGCUUUACUUAACUCAUCUCGGAUCCAUGGGAAUGCCAGGUUGAGUCAACUUGCAGCAUCCCAUUUGCUUAAGCUUGAUCCUGAGAACCACAGCAACUGGGUUGCUCUGUCAAGUGUGCAUGCAUCGGAGAAUGAUUGGCAUGUGACCUGGACUAUCAGGGAGAGCAUGAGCAGAGAGUGUGUGAAGAAAGAGCCUGGGUGUAGCUGGGUUGAAUUGUAUGAUGGUGUUCAUAUUUUUCUAAUGGCUGACCAGUCUCAUCCUGAAUUAUUUGAAAUACUGCAGACUCUUGAUUCUUUGGAGGAUAUAUCCGUCAUGCCUUUUCAAGGAACAUAAAUCAAUGUGGUUUUGAUCCCACCAUGCAGUGCGAGGUUGUAGAUUAUCAAGAGAAUAAUCUUUGUUACAGGUUGUUGCUCUCAGUUCUGAAUAUGAUGAACAGUUGUUUUGGACCUACUGUUGGUUAUAGAAAUGGAAAAUGAGUUAUUGAAAGUUACGGCACCUUUUCAGUUCGGAAAACACAUCUUUCUUCCGUAUGAAGAAUCUGUAAAGGGCCAGGCUCUGCUCAAUCUCCAGGCAAGCAAACAGAUGCAGGCUCCGGAGCCUGGAGGAGCCUGGUGCACCCAACCAAUCAGGCCUAGGAUGGUAUUUCUCUCACACUGCUCUAAACAAGUGCACGCCAGUGUAUAUAGUCACCCAUGGACUGAAAGGACACCAAAGGUCCAAAUUACAAAAAUUUGCAAAUCAUGCAUGGUUCAGCAUUCAUUUAUUCUUUUGAUUCCAGUUCACAUUUCUUCAUUGUUCGCUAAAGACUAAAGUAUUAUAUUUUUACAAAAAAAUUAACGAACCGAGAUCGUUAAAGACCGCCGCAGCCUCCUUCUCCACUCCGGAUCUGCGGGGACCCAGCCGCUCACCCCGUGCUGCGGUGGCGGCCGCCGCCGCGGCAUCCACAGCCUCCCGGAGGUGCCGUGUCUUGGCGAUGGCGGCGACGGUGACUAUGCGCCCCCACGCCUUGCCGGAGGCACAGGGCCAGGCCCAGCAGCAGCAGAGGGAUGCUCCCCUAUUGCAGCAUAGUCCUGCUCGCCCGCCGCCGCCAUUCCUCCUCGCUGCGCGUCGCCGCCACCGCCACCGCUCCUUCUCCCCUCCGCAGGCCCCGCGGAUCUGCGCCGCCAUUGCCGCGGUGCCUCUGUUUCUUCAUUGUGCAGCCAGGCAGCAGCGGGAGCGCGGCCGGAUGGUUCCUUGCCGCGCCGCGCGCAGGGCAGCAGCGGCUACGCGGCCAGCUAGCUUGCCUUUUCUAUUCGUGCCGCUGGCCAUCGCAUGCCACAGGUCUGGGUCGUAGGCAUCGGCUGCAGCCGGCCGCUGGCCGUGGCGUCCCGUGUGCCCCACCAUGCCCCCUCCCCCGGCAGAUGGCGCGUGCCACGCGUGAGGGCUGUAGCCCGUAGGCAUCGGACGCGGCGGGCGGACCAGGGUCGCAGCUGUGCCCACGUUCACUCCUCUCCUUCCCCCCUCCUCUCCUUCCAGUUUGUCCCUACGCUGGUCACACAUUUCAACAAGAAAUAGAUUAUACUUUCUGUAGAUUUUCUAAAUUCAUUGAUGAAUUCUGACAAUGUUCCUGCAGAACUUUAGAACAUGGAAAGACAAAAGCUGAGGAACCAAGGAGCUCUGCUAAGACGUGCCUGCAGUUCUAAAUGGUUGGAUUAUAUAGAAGCUACAAAGCAUUAGUUACAUGCCAACCUCUUAUGAAAGGACUGCCCCUUUUUUUGUCUCCUCAUAUGUCUUAUUGCAGUUGGAUCUUUUCAUGUCUUACUGCAGUUGGAUCUAUUUGGUAAUUUUCUAGGUCCUGGUGAUUUGCAAUUCGAAGUUGUGCUCCAAUUCCAAAGUCGUUGGCUUGUGAAAUUAUGUUCCGACAUUGCACAGAAAACGUGCUGCUUUUUUUCAUGCAUUUAUUUGUCCAUGUAUAUAAAAAAAGUGGUAAACAGCUUGUUGCAGUGUAACAUUCUAUUUAGACUCACUGAUUCCUGUUUUCUGGAAGCUUACUCUCUGCAUUCUAUUAUCUGAGCUCUUCACAGAGCAUUGAAUUUCAGCAUGAACAAGGUGAAGAUUAACAACAAUUCAGUCUAUUUGGCAUGAACCGACGCAUCUCCGUUGCAUGACCAACUCACAGCAUCAAUACAGCCUAUUCAGGAGCAGCUUCCAGCACCUCACUUCAUCCAAGAAGAGAAAGAACAUAAGGAAUCAAGGCACGCUACUGCCAAAAAGGCUACCUCCGCUACAGAGGAAAUCACUGAGGCUGCAAGCGCUCAUUCAAGCACCAACCAGACAUCUGCCUCUUUAUCUACAAGUACACAAGGCAUAAGAUCUGAAUUAAUCCAAAGACAAGGCCAAACUCAGCACCAGUCAACAAAAAAAUCAUCAGGGGAAAUAACCAUUGGGAUAGUAGCUGGUAGGAAACUGCGUCUCACUGCACUUGAAGUAGCUGCGGCUUUAAUAGGAUCUUCUUUCAGCCUCAUAAUCACUACGUCAAUACCACUACAGGACCUCCUGACAAAACCAGUUCGAAUUUAUCAUCCCCUUUUUUUUCGUCCACAACAAUUGCUAUCUUAUGAAAAAGGAUUAUCUACUACCUAGCGCUUUAGUCCAACAAAAACCUAGAACUCUGCCAAGAGCCCAAGAUUUUUAGCAAACAUUACUAUCCUCAUCAACCAGUAUUUAGUAUUUAUCCCCUGAAAUGAUGUAGCUCAAAUGAUCCCUCCAUUUCAUCUUUGAAAAACUUUGCUCAUCCAUCAGGUCAGGAACUUUAGUUUGGACUAUAAUAUUUGUUUAUUUACAUUAUACGCAUGCCUAAGUAACUCACAUUUUCUCUUCUAACAGUUUAUAGAGACUCACAUUAUUUCUUCACAGCUACUUGGAACAGAAAAAAUGAGAGGGCGUCCAGUAUUUUGUCAAGCAUUUGAUGCUGCUUUAAUCCAAGCACUGACGUAGUUUAGCCUUGGUGAUGGAGCAUCUUAGUUAAGUAGGAAGCAGCAUAGUAUUAUGCUCCUUCAACCUGCAUGGUUUGUGAACUACCUAUUCCUAACGAUAAGAAAAAUGCAUUUACAAUUCCUAGCAUAGAUAUACUGCUGUUCUGCUAUGAACAAUGCGUGUCCUAUGAAAUGCUUAUUUGUAAUGCUGUAAACAAUUAGUUUACAAAGCCUAACAUAAAAAUGCUGCAAAAGCGAAACCUGGUGCCUGAUUUUU